GAAAGCCUCCGGACCAGAGGUUGUUAAACAGACUCUACAGCUCCGGAAAAUCGUAGGUAGACGACUGGAAACUUUUGGGACACUCUUUGGGACAUAUUUUUCGCAAUGCCAUCUGAUCGGAGCAUCUGGCUGGUCGCUAUACCGCACGCUGUGUCAGCAGAAACGCUGUUGUCUGACGUCGGGAACUCGUCUCAUAAGGUCUCCAAUCUUGCGAUUCCUUCAUUCAAGAUAGGGACGUUGGACUCGCUAAUCGCCUUGUCUGAGGAGUUGCCAAAAUACGACACUUUCUUUACUGCGCUUAUUGCAAAAAUGGUGGAUAUUUGGCGCAAGUUGUUUAACGAUAACAAAGCUGCUCUCACGCAACAUAUUCUCGUGGAUGGGGAGGAUGUUGCUGACUACAUGCUCAAUGAUUGGAAGUGGAAUGAAAGCAAAUAUGCCCCGCAGCGAGAUUUACAGGAGACAGUUGAUGUUUUGAACAAGGACAUGGCCUUCAUAGAUCACGUUAUGAAGUCGAAACUCAACGCCUAUGAUAUUGCUAAAGGAUCUUUAACUCAAUUACGACGAAAAGGAACUGGAGACCUAUCCGUACGGUCUUUAGUAGGCGUAGUGUCCAAAGAUGAUUUUGUUCCCGAUUCAGAGUAUCUGGAGACCUUGCUGGUCUCUGUUCCAAAGAAUUUGGUCAAGGUUUGGAACGCAAAGUACGAGCGAUUGACCUCCAUGGUAGUACCUCGCUCUUGCAAGGCAAUCUGCUCAGACAACGAGUAUACUUUAUUUUCUGUCAUAGUGUUCCGACGAACACAUGACGAAUUUGUUCAAAGAUGUCGAGAAAACAAGUUCAUUGUCCGUGAUUUUGUGUAUCACGAAGAACUGAUUGCCAAUGAGCAAGAAGAAAUACAAAUAGCGGAAAGUACCGAGAGGGAGUUGAGGGCCCAGCUGGUGAGGCUGACACGCGCCAAUUUUUCGGAGGCCUAUCAAGUUCUCGUCCAUCUCAAAGUGGUUCGUUUAUUUGUUGAGAGCGUUCUUCGAUAUGGUCUCCCAGCCGACUAUAUUGGGCUUGCUAUAAAGCCGGAACCGAGGUCUACACCUAAACUUCUUAGUUUGCUCGCUAAUAAUCUUUCGUCGAAAUCUUCUCAAGCUUCAAGUGGGCUGGAUGCUUCCGCUAACCCGACGUUUGCUGCGGAGUAUCAGUCGCUCAUGGACCAAGAUUUUUUUAGUUUCGUUCUAUUUGAAGUACCAUUAGUGGAAACAUAAUAUGUAGAGGUAGUAGUGCAACCUUCAUUAAAGACCUCACUUGUGACAUUUGAACACACAAGAUAAACACAGGAGACCACCG